CUCCCACCGAGCGCGUGGGCCGUCGCCGCUCCGGCCUUGGAGCUCCUGGGCGGGCAGUGCCGGUAGGCCCUGCCCCAAGGACACCGGUGGAAGAAUACAUGUUCACUUUUAGUGAACAAGAGCAUGUUCCCAAACUCAAUUUUGGGUCGCCCACCUUUCACUCCAAACCAUCAACAACAUAACUUCUUUGCCCUAUCACCAACUCUUUAUUCACACCAGCAGCUUAUAGAUGCACAGUUCAACUUUCAGAAUGCAGACUUGUCUAGAGCUGUGUCAUUACAGCAGUUGACAUAUGGAAAUGUCAGUCCAAUUUCCCCAUUAUUUCGAGGAAGGAAGAGAUUAAGCGAUGAAAAAAACCUUCCUCUUGACGGUAAACGGCAACGUUUCCAUUCACCCCACCAAGAGCCAACUAUAAUUAACCACAUAGUGCCUUUAUCAGGUGAUAGAAGAUACUCAAUGCCUCCAUUGUUUCAUACAAACUAUGUACCAGAUAUAGUCAGAGGUGUUCCACCUUUUCGAGAAAUACCAAUUUUAGAACCUAGAGAAAUCACACUGCCUGAGGCCAAAGAUAAGUUGAGUCAGCAGAUACUGGAGUUAUUUGAAGCAUGUCAGCAGCAAGUAAGUGAUUUAAAGAAGAAAGAACUCUGUAGAGCACAGCUGCAGAGAGAAAUUCAGCAAUUAUUUCCACAAAGCAGACUUUUUUUGGUUGGGUCCUCUUUAAAUGGAUUUGGUACCCGGAGCAGUGAUGGUGAUUUAUGUCUAGUUGUUAAAGAUGAACCAUGUUUUUUUCAGGUAAAUCAGAAGACUGAAGCACGGCAUAUACUCACCUUAGUCCAUAAACACUUCUGUACUAGACUUUCUGGCUACAUUGAGAGACCUCAGCUGAUUCGAGCAAAAGUGCCAAUUGUGAAGUUCAGGGAUAAAGUCAGUUGUGUGGAAUUCGACUUGAAUGUAAACAAUAUUGUUGGAAUAAGAAACACAUUCCUUCUCCGAACUUAUGCAUAUCUUGAGAAUCGAGUUCGUCCGUUAGUACUGGUGAUUAAGAAGUGGGCAAGUCACCAUGAUAUAAAUGAUGCCAGUCGUGGUACUUUAAGCAGCUAUAGUCUUGUGUUGAUGGUUUUGCACUACUUACAAACCUUACCUGAACCCAUCCUUCCAUCCAUCCAAAAAAUAUACCCAGAAUCUUUUAGUCCUGCUAUACAAUUGCACCUUGUACAUCAAGUUCCAUGUAAUGUUCCUCCUUACCUCUCAAAGAAUGAAUCAAAUCUUGGGGACCUCUUACUGGGCUUUCUUAAGUAUUAUGCUACGGAAUUUGACUGGAACAGUCAAAUGAUUUCAGUUCGUGAAGCCAAAGCCAUUCCCAGGCCUGAUGGUAUUGAAUGGAGAAAUAAAUACAUCUGUGUAGAAGAACCUUUUGAUGGAACAAAUACUGCCAGAGCUGUGCAUGAAAAGCAGAAGUUUGACAUGAUAAAGGAUCAAUUUUUAAAGUCAUGGCACAGAUUGAGAGACAAAAAAGAUUUGAACAGUAUACUACCUUUAAGAGCUGCUGUCCUGAAAAGAUGACUGGCCUCUAUUACUUAAUAAAUUCUUCUGAUAAAUAAAGAACAAUAGUAAUACCAUAAUGCAUUUUGUUUACCUCCAUCAUAGUUUCUUUUCAUUGUUCUUGUUUUCAUGUUUUAUUUUUAAAAGGACAUACUUAUAUAAAGAUUGCAUAUUUUAUUAUAACAUUUCCUAAUAAAACCCUUGGAUUUAAAGAUGUAUUUUUGAAAAUGUUUACAUUGAUGAUUAGUGAUAUUAUGGCAUGAAUUUUCAGGUGAUCAGAUAAAAUAUUUUUUGGGAGACUACCUGAACAAGUAAAAGGUUUUUGAUAUAACUUCAGUUAAUUGUACCACAUGCUAAUACUGAAAAGAUUUGUGGAAUUUUGGAAAGUAUAAUCUACAGUAGAUAGUUUAUUGCCUGUCCUAGUAAAGUGAAGAGUCAAGUCAGUUAUUCAGUUACUUGAAGCAAAAUGAAAUCUUUUAUUUCAAUGAAAUCACUGCAGAGGCAUGAAAUAUUGGACAGUUGCCUUAAGUCUUCGCUUGAUUCCAGGAUAGAGGCUGUACGUGUGUCUGUAUUAGCAUUUCAUUAGUACCUCAGAUGCUUUUGAUGUACUCGAGAUUGCUUUCAAUUUUUUGUGACAACAGUACAUUUUGCACUGUAGUAAUAUGAGCGCUAACUCUGUAUUGAACAGCAGUUAGUGAAUUGUUUUUAAAAAAUCAAUUCAUUGUAGACAUUUUGAAAAGAUCAAGUCCCCUAUGCUUUAUGGUAGCUUAGUGCAAUAUGCAUUUUAGCUUUACUUCCCAUUUUGUGCUUUUAUUUUCCAUGUGACAUGUAACAACAGAAACGGAAAGCUCAAAGUUGAGAUUAUAACCUAUUGAUCAUAUCAGAUUUUUUUCUGUGUGCAAUUACAGGAUUGUAAUCAACUGGAAUUUUUAGGCAGUAAGUCCCUAAUGAAAUGUUUUAGGGUAAGACAAAAUCAUUAUAAAUAAAAGCUUAAUGUUUGUAAAGAUACUUUUUUAGUGUUUCUUUUUCACAUGAAGAAGUAUUGGUGGCUGCUGAAAAAGCUACAGUGUUUAUUAAGGUUGUUUGGGUUUGUGUAAAUAUUUGUAAAGUGGUUAAUGCCUGUACAUUUAAAUAUGAAAAGUAAUCUUGGAAAUAGUUUUAACUUUUUCAAAAGGACUCUGUACAACUUCUUUUAGACCUGCUGUAGCACAGUUUGUACCUCUAAUAUAUUUGGGGGUUUUGUUUUGUUUUGUUUUGUUUUGUUUUUGGCAGACGAAUCCAAAUGCUAAGACUUGCUUUUCUUUGACUUGUAAAAGGUGCAUAUUUUCAUUUUCUUCUUUAAGUUUAAAGUUUUGUAUUAUGUCAAAUGCAAUAAAGUUUAUAUAUGGAAAUUGUU